AUGCUUAAUAAAAAAUAUAUUAUAAAAUUAUUUGUAUUAUUAUCAAUAGUACAUUUAUCAUUUUCAUAUAGAUUUAAAUAUGUAAUUGAAAAUAAUUGUCCAUCACAAUUUCAUUAUUUAGAAUCAACAAUUGUUAAAUCAAGUUGUGAUGUUCCAUUCAAUGGAAAUGUUACCUAUAUUAUCCCUGAUCAAGGUACUGGUGAUAGAUCAGCUCCAGUUACAAAUAAAGGACAAUGUGGUAAUGAGUAUACAUUAUUUGAAGGUGGUGCUACCGAUUAUAAUAAUUUAUUAUUUGUUGAUAUUUCAAAUAUUGAUGCUUUUACUGCCGGUUUAAAUGUAACAGCCUUUUAUGAUGAUGGAUCAACCAAAAAUAUUCAUUGUUGCUCUGGUUGUCCAAAUACUACAACAUCACCAAAUUGUUGGGGUUCUGGAAAUUAUUGGUUCCCAACAGAGAUUGAUAAUUAUGGAACUGCUGGUUGGAGUUCUUUAAAUCUAAAUACACUUUUAAUUCAAUGGAGUUGUCUUGACCAAAAGGAUUUAAAUGCAUGUAAGAAUGUUAAAUGUUUAAAUGAUGGUGUCUGUAUGGGUGGUAUGAGAGCCCCAGAUGGUGUUUCUGGAUUAUGUCUUUGUCAACCAGGUUAUGGAGGUCCAACUUGUUCUGUAAAAUCUGAUUACACACCAUGUUAUGGCGUUAAUUGUGGCUACUAUGGUAGAUGUAAUGCAACCACUGCAUCUGCUGGUGGUGAUAAGUGUACUUGUCUUGAAGGCUAUACUGGUGAAUUUUGUACAGAACCACCAAAAGAUUCUUCAUGUUAUCAAGUUGAUUGUGGUUCAAGAAGUAUCUGUAAAAAUGGAAAAUGCGAAUGCCAAGCAGGAUCUUCUGGUUGUGGUUGUAAAAACUUAGGAAAUUGUACCAUAAUUCCAAAUCUUGAUUAUGCUGGAAAUGAUCUUACUGGUGGAACAUUUAAACUUGAUACUCCUCAAGAUUGUUGUGCAAAAUGUCAAGUAACUCCAUUAUGUUAUGCUUUUACAUUUACUGGAAACCAAUGCUAUUUAAAAUCAUCUAUACCAACAAAUGGUGGAACAACUGCAAAUGGUAAAUAUUCUGGAUAUUUACCAAAAACCAUUACCAUUGAUGAUUGUGUUCUAAAGAGUGAUUCAUUUAAAUUACCAAAUUCAAAAAUUCAAAUGUUAAUAAUUGUAUCAUUAAUUAUUUUGUCAUUUAUUUUAUUAUAA